CUAUGAGAAAACGUUACGAAAAAUUGUUCGCAACCAAAAAUCAAAAAUGGUUCAAACCCCCUUUAGUGAUACAGGAGAAGGAGGUAAACGGAAAAACUCAACGAUGCAAACAAAUGAAGAUUUGAUGUUUUCUGGACUCAAAACUGUUAUACACAAGAUACAACGAGCCAAAGUAUCCACAAUUUUAUCAUCAUUGGAAAACGGUCGUGGAAAGUCGGCGUAUACAAAAUUUAACAGUAGAAGAAAAGAUAAUAUGUUUACUAAAGAACCGAGACACGCCAGGAACACUUUUAUCUUAAACGGGACUUCACACAUCCGUAGCUUUCCAGACCAUACCUUUGAAAAUGAGAUAAAGAAUCUAACAGACUUUUCCGUCAACAUGUAUUACGAAAUUCCCAGUCAAUCAAAAUUCUUUCCACCCGUCGAAGAGCACAAUAGUGAGCAAAAAUCCAAUAGAGAAAAUACCAUAAUUAUCCCUGAAAUUAAAGAACAAAUGCCUAACCAGAGCAGCUCGCUAUUACAAGGAAUUUACAUCGCAAACCCCGAAACCAAACUUAUAUCUCCGAUGAAGUCGGGAUCCCUGGAAGUUAGCGCUGAUAUGGACAGUGACAGAAUAGAUUAUUUGAUAGAAGCGAGGUCUAUGGACGAUAACAUCAAUUCAUACCACUACAACGCUACUUUGGAUAUGUUUACUUGUAUGUCCAUUAAAAAAUCCGUUGCGGAUUUAGACGCACAGGAAAAGUUUUCAGAAUUCGAUAUAGAGCCGCCAUGGAUAGCGAAAAAGCGUUAUUGGAAUUCUAUAUUCGACAGUCGAUAUGAGGCUCUAAUGCGAAGUCUAGAGUGGCCACCAUUGAAAGUUAUUUUGAUACCUCGGAGUCAAGUCGACAGUAUAUGGAAAAAAACGUUUGAGCAUUGUCACAACGAUAGCGUUCACAAGAUAAUAUCGAAUGUGGUAAAAAAAUUGUAUUUCUACAGUAAUCUCACUUUUACCUGGAACGAGGUAUCUCAUUUGAGCCACUGGUGGAAAACUGCGAAUUCGAAGAAUCGUUUGGCAUUGCGACGAUUGGUAAAAUCUGGACGACUUGAAAUCACAACAGGAGGAUGGGUACAACCAGACGAGGCUACUGCUGAUUUAUUUGGAAUGGUUCACCAGCUCAUCGAAGGUCGUCAGUGGUUAAAAAAUCAUCUCAACCACGCACCGACGGUUGCUUGGGUGACUAACUCCGUAGCACAUAGUCCUACAAUGGCCUACCUGUUGUCCGCUAGUGGAGUAACAAAACUUGUUCUGACGAAUCUUCAUUACUCCUGGGAGCAAUAUUUGGCGGAAUAUCAGCAGAGCGACUUCAUAUGGUUACAAAGUUGGGACGGUGACAGAGAAGCAGCCACGGGUCUUAACAACGCCUUAAACAGACUUGGAAAAGAUCGGUUUCCGAAACAUUCUGUUCUUACACAUUACUUACAGUUUAAUUCUGAUGGAUUUAAAGCAUGUGGUCCAGAUAAAGCGUUAUGCGUCAAUCAAUUCAACUUUAAAUCCAGUAAAAACUUAGACAUCUUUACUCACGACAUCAAAGAGAAAUCUGAGCUUCUUCUCGAACAAUAUUCUAAAACUGGAACUAUAACGUCACACAACGUUUUAAUUGCUCCAAUAGGCAAUGCUUACCAUUAUGAGUAUCAACCGGAUUUCGAUUACCAAUACAACAACUACCUAAAAUUAGCAGAAUUUAUUAAUUCCAACAGUGAUGUCUACAAAGCUACUAUUGAGUUUGGUACUCCUAAAGAUUAUUUCAAUGCUGUUCUUGAAAGGAUUUCGAAAUUUCCGACUAUUCGUGGUGAUUUUGUAAACUUCGCCGACAUUAACAAUGGAAGUCCCGCGUAUUGGACCGGCUAUUUUACCACAAGACCUUUAUUCAAAAUUCUGUUACGACGUCUUCUAUCAACUUUACGAACUACAGAGAUUCUUUUUUCAUUUGCUGCUAGUUUCAAUACUUUUCAGAAACAUGACGUCACUAAUUUAUUUAAGCUUCUUAUGGAAGCCAGAGAAAUAACAGCCCGUUUACAAGAUCGUCACGUCGUGGGCGGCACGUUGAGCGUCAACGGUCUGAAGUACGCUCAUCAACUAAUUUUAACGACUGUAAAAAAUUGCUGGUACAUACAAGAGGUAGCAGCUAGCUUAAUAAGCAUUAAACCAGAGAAACUUAACCAAGCACCUUACCUAUUGAAAUUUGUUUACCGUGACGGGGAAUUCAUGUCAGCGUUUAGAACCGUGGGCCCCGGCGAUCAGGUUUAUAUAUUUAAUUCCCUAAGUCAUGAAAGGGCAGAAGUAUUGGAACUAAUAGUAAGAAAUCCGAAUAUCAGAAUUAUAGACCACAAUAAAAAAGAUGUAACAUUUCAGAUAAACCCUGUAUGGAAGUAUAUGUCUGAUAAUUUUAUCAGAAUUUCUAAACGAUAUUUCAAAAUUGUUUUUGCUAUAAUUAUUCCACCCAUGACCCUAGAAUUGUAUAAAAUCAAGGAAACAUAUGAUGCAUCUCUAAACGCAGCCACAAUUUAUUGUUUAGCUUGCGGCGUAGAUGAUUCGAUGAGCUCUAAUGGGACUAUAUUCCCUUUUAAUAUUCAGCCUAUACAGCCGGGAGACAUUCAGUUGGAGAGUUAUAAACUUCGCUUGAUUUUUGAUGAGCUUACUGGACUAUUGAAACAUGUCGUGGAGAAAUUUACUAACAUACAAAAGAGAGUCGUUUUGGAUUACGGCGCGUUUAAAAGCUCCGAUAAAAACGCUGGAAUGUUCCUGUUCAAUACAAACGUAACUAAACCACUUCGAGACGUUCUGCUUUCAUUUAGAAUUGGUACCAUGACCAAAAUAGUUAUAAUCAUUUCCGGACAAGUGACUACGGAACUAACUUCAAUAUUCGGAAAGCUUUUGCAGACUACCGUGAAAAUAUAUAACCUUUUGAACAGUCCUUUAUCAAAUGCAAUUUAUGUCGAAAGCAAAAUAGAUUUUGACAUCUCACCCAAAAAUAGAGAGUUGGAAAUGUUUCUGUCAAUUCAAACUGACAUAGCAAACGGCAGUCCUCCAGAAAUAUAUACUGAUAAUAAUGGGUUCCAAUACACUAGAAGAAUUUUAAACAUAAGCAGACGCAUUGAGUCAAAUAUGUAUCCAAUGACGACAAUGGCCUAUAUACAAGAUUAUGCCAGAAGAAUGACUAUUAUAACAGAUCACGCCCAAGGGGUUACAGCGCUUCAAGAAGGUCAAAUAGUUGUGAUGCUGGAUAGGCGAGUCCUGUUUAAUGACGGCAGGGGCACCAACGAAGGAUUGGCCGAUAGCAGCGCAACAUGUCACAGACAUUUUCUUUUGCUUGAGAAUUUUGCAGAGGAAGCAGUAAGCCAUCAUACAUAUUCCAACAAUUUGCAGUUGCCAAGCCUAGUAGCUAUUCACUUGGCCAAUUCCAUGAAUUAUAUAAUAGAUAUAUUCAUUAUUGACAAAAAUCAGUCCGAUUUUUGUCAUUACGCAUUUUUGCCUCUGAUCAAAACUUCGUUCCCUUGCGACGUAUCGUUACUUAAUUUUAGAUUAAUGUUUAACAAAGGUUCCUUUAUACGUCAAUAUCCUGCUACUGCGUUGAUGGUACUUUAUAGGCAAAGUAUUUCGUGCCAAAUUGAUCUCGAUGUUCAAAUUCACUGCAGUGGAGAAAAUUAUUUUUACUUAGAAAGAAUUUUGCAUAAAGUAAAGGCCGUAUACCAAACUAAUUUAGUUGGUACAGAAAAAGGAGUUCCUAUAAGUAAUUUAAAUAAAAUAAACUUCCCGUCUAUGGAGUUAACCAGUGUGCGAGUUUAUUUUUAAUUGUAAAAUACUAUAAUAUUGUUCGUACAUUGUUCACUAUUUUUGUUAUUACUUACAUAUUAUUGAUUGUUGAUUUUAUAUAGUUAAGCUAGUAUAAAUAG